AUGAGCGAGACGAGAGAGAUGAGCGAGACGAGAGAGAUGAGCGAGACGAGAGAGAUGAGCGAGACGAGAGAGAUGAGCGAGACGAGAGGGAUGAGCGAGACGAGAGGGAUGAGCAAAAUGAGGGAGAUGAGAGAUGAGCGAGACGAGAGAGAUGAGCGAGACGAGAGGGAUGAGCGAGACGAGAGAGAUGAGCGAGACGAGAGAGAUGAGCGAGACGAGAGAGAUGAGCGAAACGAGAGAGAUGAGCGAGACGAGAGAGAUGAGCGAGACGAGAGAGAUGAGCGAGACGAGAGAGAUGAGCGAGAUGAGGGAGACGAGAGAUGA